GCCCACAGAUUUCAAUCAGCUUUGUUCUUUCUGGUCACUUUUUGCCAAAAAGGCUAACUCAAGGAUUUUUUAUUUAUUUAUUGUUCUUGAUUAGCAUUUCAUUUACAUUAAAAAAGCUUAACAGCUAUUGUGGUUGCACACAACCACAGGCACUCUUUGAAGCAAAAUUUAAAGAUAAAAAUGGCCUUUUAAAAAAUGCCAAUUUCAAGGCCAAGGCUAUAAGAGAGGAGAAUAGAAAUUAAGAUACAAAUCCUCGGGGACACAAUAUUGUAAAGUGUUGAGCAUAUAUAACUCCAGUAGAAGUUAUUGACCUCACAGGAAGUUCUCAGCAGCACAGUGUAGGAUCUGGCAUAAACAGAGCAGAGACAGGAGGGUUGCUACUGAGUAUUUUGCAGCUUCCGUUCAAUUCAGUACGAGUUGAGAGAACUGAGCAUCUUGCAAGGAUGGGAGUGUGAGCGAGGCAUUCAUCUGAAGGUAAACUGUGAACUGUACCCAUUUUGGGAUUCUGACAGCAUAAUAAACGUGCACACUGCACUUACAUACGCCUUAUUUAUAAACUUAUACCAAGGCGAGGGUUCCAAAAGUGGACCAUUUAGGAGGAAACGAGGUUACUGGAUCACAAAAGGACUUCCCUUAAUAAACAAGUACAAAUGAAGACUCCUAGUUGGGGAUACAAGCUGCACUUCUGCUGUUCACUUUCGGUUCUUCCCGUAAAUAUUUCCAACGCAGCCAUGUGCAUCCUCGGCCAGCCCUGGCCCCUUCUGUCGCUGCUCUGGCAUCGUGCUCCGUGAGGGGCGAUUUGGCUAGGCUGCGGCGGUUUCUCCUGCAGCUGGAGCUGCGGAGGGAGGAAGGACACCCCAGGGCAGAGAGCAGCCUGCGGGCAAGGGGCAUGGCAGACGUGGAACGGAGAAAUGGCUCUUGAAGUUAAAUGAGACUGGAUAAAAUACAUACAUGAAGCAAAGGCUGCUCUACAUGUGUUAAGGCUAAAAUACCAGAAAGAGUUUUUGAUGAGCCAGACUUGGUAGCUUGUCAUAAUGAAGAAAAUUAGUCUCAAAACAAUUCGCAAAUCCUUUAACUUAAAUAAAAGCAAAGAAGAAAGUGACUUUGUAGUGGUUCAGCAGCCAUCAUUAAGUGAAUUUGGAAAAGAUGACUCCUUGUUUGGCAGCUGCUAUGGUAAAGAUUUGGCUAGCUGUGAAGUUAACAGUGAAGAUGAAAAAGGUGGCAAAAAUAGAUCAAAAAGUGAAAGCUUAAUGGGUACUUUAAAAAGAAGGCUUUCAGCAAAACAAAAGCAGAAAGGGAAAGGCAGCACGCCAUCUGUAAGCUCUGCUGAUGACGAUACCUUUUCUUCCUCAUCUGCUCCAAUAACCUUUAAAGAUGUGAGAGCUCAAAGACCUCUAAGAUCCACAUCCCUCCGUAACCACCAUUAUAGUCCAACACCAUGGCCCCUUCGAUCGACAAACUCAGAAGAGACAUGUAUCAAAAUGGAAGUGAAAGUCAAGGCCUUGGUCCACUCCUCUAACCCAAGCCCAGCACUGAAUGGUGUUCGAAAGGACUUCCAUGACUUGCAGUCAGAUAGUGUGUUUCAAGAACAAAACAAUACAUUAAGAAGUGCAGAAUCCCAGAAUGGGGACCUACAUCUUCAUAUUGAUGAACAUGUGCCUGUAGUUAUUGGACUAAUGCCUCAGGACUACAUUCAGUAUACUGUGCCUUUAGAUGAGGGAAUGUAUCCUUUGGAAGGAUCACGUAGUUACUGUCUAGAUAGUUCCUCACCCAUGGAAGUUUCAACUGUUUCUUCUCAAGUGGGCGGAAAUGCUUUUCAUGAAGAUGAGGGUCAGGUGGAUCAAGAUGUAGUUGUUGCUCCAGAUAUAUUUGUGGACCAGGCAGUGAAUGGUUUGUUGAUUGGUACCACAGGAGUCAUGUUGCAAAGCCCAAGAGUUAAUCACAGUGAUGUCCCUCCACUCUCACCAUUGCUACCUCCGAUUCAGAAUAAUCAAAUCCAAAGGAACUUUAAUGGACUGAAUGGCACAGAUGCCCAUGUUGCUGAAAGUAUGCGCUGCCAUUUGAAUUUUGAUCCUAACUCUGCCCCAGGAGUUGGAAGAGUUUAUGACUCUGUACAAAAUAGUGGUCCUAUGGUUGUGACGAGCCUCACAGAGGAACUGAAAAAACUUGCAAAACAAGGAUGGUACUGGGGCCCUAUCACACGUUGGGAGGCAGAGGGAAAACUGGCAAAUGUGCCUGAUGGUUCAUUUCUUGUUCGAGAUAGCUCUGAUGACCGUUAUCUUUUAAGCCUGAGUUUUCGCUCCCAUGGUAAAACCCUUCAUACUAGAAUUGAACAUUCAAAUGGUAGGUUUAGCUUUUAUGAACAACCAGAUGUGGAGGGACAUACUUCUAUUGUUGAUCUAAUUGAACAUUCAAUCAGGGACUCUGAAAAUGGAGCUUUUUGCUAUUCAAGGUCUCGAUUGCCUGGAUCUGCAACUUACCCAGUGAGAUUGACAAACCCAGUAUCUCGGUUUAUGCAGGUGCGUUCCUUACAGUACCUGUGUCGUUUUGUUAUACGUCAGUAUACCAGAAUAGACCUGAUCCAGAAACUGCCUUUGCCAAACAAAAUGAAGGAUUAUUUACAAGAAAAGCACUACUGAAAGCUUAUGGGAAUCUUGCAUCUUGCACUUUGGGAACAAAAAAAAAGAUUGAAAUACAGUUUACAAAUUUUCAUUGCUAUCAAAAUCUUUUGCUGCCAUAACAAUGUUUCAUUUUUGUGUGUAAAGAAGGGUAAUGCAUCUUUUUUGUUUGUUUAUGUUUGGUGUUUUUUGUUUGUUUGAGGGGGCUUUUUUUUUUUUAAAGAAUGAUUACAAGGUUUUUAGAAGUGUGAAAUAGCUAUCUUUCAUCAAUGUGCAGAAAAUAAUCACAAUGUGAAUGAUCAAAUUCUCCUUAAUUUCCCCAAGUGCUGCUAUCCACUGUGAUUUUUAUGCAUUGAGUGCAUUUCAUGUGUAUUCAACCAUAAGUAAAAGUGAAAUGAAACUUG